AACGAGUCAUACACUGUAGGGUUUUCUGACAGGCUAACUCGCCAGCAGUCUGGCGCAUGCGCAAAACCGUUCCACCGCCGAACUGGUUGCUGGGAGGCAGGUUUAAAAGCAACGCCCGCCUUAAUUGGAAGAAGGGUGGUGGUGGCUUUGUUUUGAGCUGAGUUUGUGAGAGGAAAAUGUCUUCGCCCCAGUUGUCAUCGACGGAGCAGGUUCAGCAGCAGGACACUGGCAGUCCUGACUCCAGGAAAGUGCCUACUUCUGGUGGAAAAACUGCAGACCAUGUGGUGAACUUCAGUAACACUGCACAUGUUUCAAAAAGCCGGGUAUCCCUCAGGAGAGGCAACCUAUUUGGUCAGUCCCCAGCAAAGAGAAAAAUUCCACAGACUCCUCACCUGCAGGAAAAUGUUGAUCCUCAGAUAAAUCUCCUUAUCCGUAAGCAGUGGAUCUUAUACAGUGUCACUCCUUUAUACAAGUUCUCUUACAACCAGCUUCAAGAAUAUUCUAGACAGCUGAGUUUCUUUAUUGCUGCUGAAAAGCAAAAGAGGCCUGCUGUGGAAGCUGAACUUGAUCUUGGAUUUACAGUGAAAUUCUCCUCUAUCUCAACAUUAAAAGCUACAGGACUGGACCAGCCAGCAGUUCUCAUUCAGAUUGCACAAAGAUCUCGGAAUGCAGCUGAAAAGGCAGGAGGGAAAGUUUUGUGGACAGGCUGCUUCUGCUGUACUUGUGCAGAUGACAUGUUGGAGGCAGUCAUGGAGGAUUUCACUUGCUUGCCCUUGUUCCUGGUAAAGGGAUCAGAGAGUCUCUUGACCAUAGUUGGGACUUGGUUUCAGCAGACCUUUGACUGUUGUUUCAGUCGCUUGACUAUCAGCUCCAUGAAUCUUGCCUGGAUGGCUGCAAUGUGGACUGCAUCCAAAGCAGACAGUCAUACAGUUGCAACAGAGCUAACUUUCUCUGUACCUUGCAGUCCUUACCCUCUGGAUAUUUCCUAUGCCAUUCACCCUGAUGAUGCAAAAGCCUUCUGGGAUUCAAUCCAUACCACUCAAGGAGAAGUGCAUCAAGAAGAAGUGGAUUUAUUCAUGGAAAUGCUUUACUGUCACUUUCAUAGACACUUCAAGAUCUACCUGUCAGCCACAAGAUUGGUGAAAGUGUCUACAUCUGUAGCUGCUGCCCAUUCUGAUGGGAAAAUAAAGAUUCUGCAUACCCGCUAUCUGAUAGGAGUCCUAUCACUUCUGACAGAACUGGCAAUUUCAAAAAUAAUGUGAUGAACUACAUUGCUGUAACUUCUUGUAUGCAUUACAGAAGAUCUGGUGAGCUUAUGGCUCAAACACUGCAUUUUGCAAUUCUUGUUCUUUGUGGCUAUUGAUAUAUAUCAAAUUAUAUUUAUUGGUACCAUGUAAUAUAUGACCAAUGAUUCCUGUAACAUUGUUAAAGCAUUUGCUGUAGGUGCAGUGGCUUUGUCUAGUGUGCAUGGUUUUUUAACCUUGGGCCCCCAGAUGAUGUUGGAUUACAGCUCCCAUCAUUCCCAAACAUGGCCUUUGUGGCUGAGGAUGAUGGGAGUUGUAGUCCAACAUCUGGGGGCCCAAGGUUAAGAAACCCUGGUCUAGUGUACUGAUGUAUGCAUGUGCACCUGAAUCAUGUGAGCCAGAAGUACAUGAAGCUGAUACUAGCCCUUGAAGCAACUAGGGAGAUUGUACUGUCUCACUGUGAAUCCAAAGGAACAUGGUAUACACUUCACAUUGAUGAUAGUUAGCUCCUCAAUCUUUUGCUACAACAGAUGGUCAUCAGUUUUGUGCAACUCCUACAACUGAACAAGGUUAGCUUUUAGGCCAGGCUAAGACUAGGGUCUUUCCCCCCCAAUAGGACUCUUUUCUAUAGCUGUCCUGUACUCAAGUAAUAAAAGAAAGGGUGUAGAGCUGGGUAAGUGACUCUAGCUAACAUAGUACAAAGUGAUUAUGAGUAUCCCCACAGUGUUUAAAAAACCAGUACUGUGGGAAAUGCUUGGUAGGAUUACUCUUUAACACCUGUCCCAUGACUGAAGCAGAGUUCAUACAAACAUUUGUAUGAUUAUGCAAAUACAUCACCAAUUUAAUCUAUAUUGCAUCCUGGCAGGGGAAUAGACUUACAGAGUUAACUUGAAACUAGCACUGGCAGCCAUGGGGUGAUAACAGUAAGAAUUCUUACCCAGCUAUCUACCUGGCUGAAUUUAAUAGCUAUUUUGAAAAAUUAGACAUAGCUAUCUCUAUAUGCACCUUUCUUCAAGCCUUCAGGGGCAACUUUCCCCUCAAAAUGUAGGCAGAACUUAUUUACUUAUUCUUUCAUUUUAGGGCUUGUAUGUGAACCACUACCUUGCAGCUGAAGAACUUUGCUUUAAGUUCAAACUCUAGACCAGGGUAGGCAAUCUUGAUUCUGCAGCUCUUGAGGAACUAUAACUCUUACCACCCCCAGCCACAACUUGUGGCUAAGGAUGAGGGGAGCUGCAGAAUCCAGGUUGCCUACCCCUAACCUAGACAGUUUUGCUGGUCAAAGACCACGAAUAGACUGAUCUAGCAAUACAGUCAACCCUGUGCUGGGAAUUAGCUCUGCUAUUUACCUUGCAGAAGGGCUUCUGACUGCACAAGUCUAGGACAGCAGAAGCAGCAAGAAGCUACAGUUGAGAGAGAAGUAGAAGGCCAAGAAUUAAAGUAGAGAGCCUAUAGCAACAAGCAAAAGCAACUGUGAAAGGAUCCUGCUAACAGGAAGUAGAUUGUAGCUGUCCUGCACUCUUCAGCAGUCUGAACAGGAUACAAGGUGCUCAAUAUGUAUGUAUUCUGUGUUCUUGCUUGUUGAAGGGAAGAAGACGACACACACCAAGUGAUAUUUUAUUAAGGUAAUGAUGUUUAUACAAGUUCACAUGCUAGAAAAAGCAUAAAUGAUAUGUAAACAGUUGUUUACAGAAUACUUUUUCUUUUUAAAGGUGCAAAUGUUCAAAAUGUAAACACAAUAAUGCCAACCUUUAGGCCAAUAGGAAGGGCUUUUCACUUAACUGUUACCUUCCCCCCACCCCUCAUCCUAGUACACUGAUGAAACUGAAGUGCAUAAACAAAGCUACUUAAGUAAAGAGAUUUCAGCCCAA